AUGUUAUUUUAUAAAAUAAUAGUGUUUUCUAUAAUUUGUUCAUAUAUCUAUGAAACCAAUGGCCAGGACAAACUAAGACCGGAUAAAUUAAAUUUCUAUGUUAGAAAUUUUAAAAAUUCAAGAAAUAGUGAUUUCGAUAUGCUUUUAUCUGAUGAAUAUUCUAGCGGUAUAAUGGAUAGUGUUUUACCAGAUGACAAAAGACCAAAAUAUUGUUGUGGUGAAAAUCCAAAGUAUGACGACUAUGGGACAUUACUAGUUCAUAAUGAAGAUACCUUUAAUGAAUGGUUUAAUUCUGAUGGUACAUGUAAUAACUAUCUUGAAGUUGUAUCGUUUCCAUAUGAUAAUUGGGAUGACGAAGAAUUUUUUGUAUCUACAGAUGAUAUAUUUUACCCUUUCGAAGGAAAGGGAUUUGGAAAUGUAACCGAGUUCCCAGAAUAUGAAAAUGAUCCAUAUAAUCAAUUUUAUUGUUUAGAGGCUCAUUUUACUGCAAUACCAGACCAACCUUACAGUACUUUCCAUUUUCUAUCUGGCGGUGAAGUUUGGGUCUAUGUUGGUGGUAAAUUAGUUAUAGAUCAAGCAGGAACAAAUGAAGUUGGUUUUUAUGCUUCAACUAUGUUUGGUGCCAUAGAGGGUAUGGAAUAUUUCAAAGAAUAUGAUAUUGACAUAUACACUUGUGCUAGAUCUUCAGUCAUAAUACCCGAAUUACCCUUUUAUAUUGGUACAUAUUCCUUAAAUGUUUUUUGUAGAUGGAUUGAUGAUAAUGGUGUUUGUAAUGGUGGAUAUUUUAAAACUGUAUGUCCCGAUGAUCCUAUAAGCUGUACAGAAAAUAUCAGAGAAUGUGGUGUCUGCUCCAGUAUCAAUAGAACAUGUGAUGAUAUUCCAAUUACAACUUGUACAUACCCAGUUUGUGUCGAAGGUUCUGGCUGUAUUAUCCAAAAUAUAGAUUGUGAUGAUUUAGAUCCAUGCACAGUUGAUACAUGUGAUGAAACUAUUGGUUGUGUUCAUACUAAUAUACCAAACUGUCGUUGUAAUACCACAAACUGUAUAACUAUCGACCAGUGUUUCCCAAAAAUAUGUUUAGAUGAUGAUACAUGUGCCGAAACUUUAAGAGAUUGUUCAUUAGAGUUACCAAAUUGUCAAACUCCAUUAUGUUCAAAUGGAGAUUGUAUUUGUGAUGAUGACCAUCCAGUAAACCCACCAACAUCAACAACUGGGCAACCAACAUCAACAACAACAACAACAUCUCCAGGAACAACAGGAGUAUCGACAACUACAGGUGUUUCAUCCACUACCUCCACCAUUGGCUCAACUAAACCACCAAUUUUAACUAAUUGUGACAACUUCUCUUGCCCAAACGGAUAUGUAUGUAUUCAGCUUUCAAGAUCAUACACCUGUGUUUCAGAGCACUUUAACCAUAGAUGUGAUGUAGAUAAUUUAAAUAUAUAUUUUUAAUUAUAUCACAAAAAUAAAAAAAAAUAAAAAAUAAACACAUUUUGACUUUUCACAAGAUAUUUU